CGGGGCAGUCCCGCCCCGCCGGUAGGGACGUUCUCGUAGAUGUUACUCACGUUUGCUGGCUGGCGCUCGGACGCUUUUGGAUUUGUGUCACGAAGACCUCUGUAGGCGCCGGGGCGGUUUGUGCCCAGGGCAGCUACGUUUCGAGUGAUGCGGGCUUUAAGGCUUUGCUGUGUUUACUAUGGCGGAAUUGGUGUCUUCGCUAUAUUGCCGGUUCCGGAUGUAGAUGUAGUCGUGAUCUUCUUUUCCGCGGUUUCAUGGAGCUCGCCUUCCGUCCGGGCGAUGGAUUGCUCCGGAGUGGUGGCUCUGGGGCAAGUGGGGCUGGGCUGGCGCUCCUCUCCCCCCAUUCAACCACCUGCGGUGGGGUUCUGGGGGGUCUUGCCUG